AUGGCCUUUGGUCGCCUGGCUGAGCGAGUGCAGUGCAGCGCUAGGAUCGACAUCGUGGCAUCGCCUUUCGCCUUCGCCGCCAUGGAAGAGCGGCGGAGGAUAUGGCAGGUACGCAAGUACUGCCAGGUCAAACCCGCCAUCAUCCACUACGCCCGGAACGGCGAGACAGCUGGGGUUGGGGCUGGCGACACGGACCUCCACGCUGGACAUGGCGACUACGCUCUCGCCGCCAUGCUGCGGGCGCUUGUCUAUGAACUGGACGCCGACCUCGCCAUGAUCAGCCUUCUCGACGAAGACAAGCAAUACUUCUUAUCGGGCGCCUCCCGUUCCUUCCUGCCCUUGGCGAAGGCUUCCCUCGAGUCGACCAGGUGGUACGGCUGCGACACCGUGUCCAGCGCUGGCGGGCUCUGCAUCCGCACCAUCAGGAGGCAGCGGGAAGAGAUCUACGAAGAGACGGAUAUGGCGUAUGAGGACUACACCAAGCAUCUGCCUUUUGUGACGGGCGAGAUCGCCAGCUACCGAUACUACGCUGGGGCGCCGCUCUCGACGCCCACCAUGCACAACAUUGGCACCGUCUUUAUCUUUCGAGAGCAGCCAGCCGCGCAACCAUUGGACGCCAUCCGGACACAAUUCCUGCUGGACACCGCCGCCGAAGUCAUGAAGUAUCUGCAUGAGUCCGUCCUCGCCUUGGAUAGUCGACGGGCCUCCAAAUUUAACGAGGCCAUCUCGUCAAUGCUCGACUACACGCCGACCCCUCCACCUCGUUCGGUUGAAGGGGUAGCCGAACGCCUAAAUAGAAUACAGCGUUCCGGCUCGUUGGGUGCGAGCGAGAAGCGUUCGGCCGUGUUAAAGCUGUACGCUCACGCCGCACACUUGUUGCGGGAAACCUUUGGCCUGGAGGGGGCCAUCUUUCAAGAAGUACCACUACGUCGUGGCCAUAUCACGUCAUUGACCGCUUCGCGCCUUUUGGGUAAGGCCGGCGACUCGCCUGGUUCAUCCAUUGACUUUCUAUCAGAUUCGCUCGUUUCCGACAUGGUCGAAUGCUGGCCUAACGGCGAGGUCUUCCAUCUCAUCGAACGAGUCGACGAGCCGCCAGUCAUGGUCGGCGAACACGAAUGCGACGCACCCGAGCUUGCAUCGCGGCGGCGCACGUUAGGCCUGGCGCUCGGCAAUGCUGUUGCCGGUGCUCAGCAAAUGCUCUUUGCGCCGCUGUGGGAUUCGUCUGAGAACCGAGUAGCAUCAAUAGCGUGUGGGUGGUCUAUGGAUUACAGCCGGGUGUUCAGUCGGCCAAGCGAUCUCCCACCGCUAUCUGCCUUUUGCACCACAGUUAUCUCACAAGUCAGCCGCGUGGAAGAAGAAUUUCUGCAGAAACAGAAGUCGGACUUCAUAGGUUCCAUCUCCCACGAGAUGCGCUCGCCGCUCCACGGGACGCUGGGUAACCUUGAGCUCUUGAUCGCUGGCGAUCAUACCAACGAGCAACACGAACCCCUACUUCACGCUUUAUCCAGUGGGCGACAACUGCUAGACACUAUUGACAAAGUUCUGGAGUUUUCCCAAAUCAGUGACGAUGUCGCACGUCUGCACACGAGGCCACUGCUUGCAAAGGCCAAGGCGAAACCACGAGACAGGAGCGACGUAUGCUGGCCAGGUCUUGAUGAUAGGCCGCUGUUGGGACGACAUGACGUUGUCCGUUUCUUCGAGGACAUGAUCGACUUCGUCUUGUCGCGAGCAUCGUUGACGUCGGUUGUGUCGGGACCGGCAAGCCGAGAAACCCUUUUCAAUGGCCCAGCGGAGACAUUGCGGUCUGAUGAAUCUCCCGGAGUUGAAUCACCUUUAGUCCUUCUGGAUGUUGGCCUUAUCCCGUCAACCUCCUUCUCGUUCAAUAACACAGCCGCCCUUCGUUCCAUCUUCUUGAAUCUGUUGACCAAUGCUAUGCAGCAUACGACGAGCGGCUGCAUACGCACCAGUGUAGAUGUCGUCCACCCCGAUGCCGGCGAAAUCGAUAAUUGGGCCGGGCCAGCUCUCGCAUUGAAUGUCUCGGACUGUGGCCGCGGCAUAGCCACGGGCUUCACUGACCGUGUCUUUGUGCCAUUCACUCAAGCGAACCAAUUGGACGCCGGGGUCGGUUUGGGCCUGUCAAUAGUGAAAGCAAACACCGAUGCACUACACGGCAGCGUCAUCUUAGACUCCGACGUUUCGGAAGGCACUACGGUAAAAGUUUAUCUCCCAUUUUUCGAGACCGGAUCUCAAACUCUUGUCACUGCGGACGCCGAGGUUGGUGCCGAUGGGCCUGCGCCAUUCGCUGUGCAAGUAUUCCCAGGUUCGCCGCUGCGGACAGGAAAGAGAAAAAAGAGAAGCACGCGUCUCGUCGAGCAAUCGCUUGGUCGUUUGUUCGCACCAGCGACGGUGACGACUUGGACCCCAGAUACAGCAUGCGAUCUGGUUGUGGUUGACGAGCGAGACGUUGAUGACUUUGUUUUGAACAUUGGGAGUACCACAUCUUGCCCGGUCUUCGUUUUACAGCAUAGCGACAAGCAGGCAAGAUCGGACGCACGCCCACUGCAAAACAGGAUUGUUGGCCCGGUGACACCCUCGAAAGUCGACGAGGUUGUAGAGCGCCUGCGAGCUCACUCGCUCCAUCCCAACCAGCUUGCCGCAAGCCAUCGCGCCUCGUCUCCGCCCGGCUCUGUUGCAGAUUCACAUUCACGAUCUAUGGAAGUCGACGGUGCAGCUUCAGAGAUGGUUCCCAUUGGCGUACAGGCGGACCCAAACUAUGCCUCGGAGCGUCUGCAUCUGAAUUCAAUAUCACGUGAGCCUACGCUGGGAGGUUACGAGGAGAACGUCGAUGGUCAAGAACGUGAAAGCGAGGAUGCUCAGCUUCCGACGCUUCUGUUCGUUGAUGACAACGCGAUAAAUCUCAGUAUACUCAAGAAGUUUGCAAAUAAAUGCGGCGCGACUUCGAUACACUCCGCACGCGACGGGCAAGAAGCCAUCGACGUAUUUCGAGCGACACAACAGUCGGGCGGCGUCGACAUCAUAUUCAUGGACUUGUCGAUGCCGGGGGUGUCCGGCUUCGAGGCCACCGUUGCAAUUCGGAAGCUGGAAGCGGCCGCAGCCAUACCGAGGACGUACAUCGUCGCACUCACCGGACUCGUAAGCUCGAAGGAUAGGGAUGCGGCCUUCGAAGCUGGUGUUGACGAAUACAUCACAAAGCCAGCAAACUUGAAAGUUGUCGGGCAGAUUGUUGACGGGGCGAAAGUCUGGCGCAAGAGUCGGGUUCCUAGACUUGUUUGA